AACACUUCCGGGAUCCCAAAAAAUAUGGCGGCUCAACCCGCACCGUCGGCUGCGGGUAGCGCGAGCCGCGGCGUCGUCCCCGUGUUCCCCGCGGUGGUUCUGUCCGCGGAGGCCGCGCCGUUCACCCCGCUCGGGCCCGACGGCUGGCGGCUCGGCUCGCCUUCGGACGUGGAGAAACAGUUCUCCCGCUGCGCGGCGAAGCUCCGGGCGCUUCGAGCCGACUCCGGCCAGCUGAAGGAGGAGCUCAACCUGUUGUUGGACCAGCUUUUGUCCGAAAACUACAACAAAACUCUCGAGCCCAACGUCAACAUCCGACCAGAGGAUGUGUGCAGUCUGCUGAAACAUGUCAGCUGUCUUGUGCCGCUGAGUCAAGAGCAUCUAGUCAUCAAACUGUGUCAGCUGGUUCAUCAUCUACUCAAUCAGCUAAAGGUAAUAAUGGAAGAGCGGACCUUGGAUGUAUUAUUAGACUAUACCACCAGUGCACUGAAAGUUUGCAGUACAUGGACACACUCGGAUGUCCUCCUGGCACUGUCUACUAUAGUGUACGGCAAUGGACCGCAGUGCCACAAGCAUCUCCGUGACCUGCUGGGAGAAGAUGGAGUCCUCCUGCGGUAUAGUUCUCCAUCACAGCCAAAUAUAGAGUUACGCCAUGUUGCUCUCACCUGCAUGGCCAACAUCUGUCUGAGGAUCCCUGGUCAGGCUUCUUUGGAUGAUCAGUACAGAAGUGUGUCUUUUAGAGUCUUCCUGAAAACACUGCAGUCCCCCAAACCUCCCAACAUUGACGAGCUCUUCUACUGCAUGGUGAUCCAAGCCGCACUGAAGGGACUCCAGUGUUGUCUCUCAGGUGGGAAAUGGAAAUUUGUUGGAGAGGAGCUCGGGUCUGUGCUGGCUGCACUAAAGAGGCUCAUGUUCCAGGGAACUCCAGGCGUGAGCGUCGAGUGGCCGACCGUGCUUUACCCGGCACCUCUUCCUCAGUAUGAGGGUCUCUCUGCCCCAAAACCCGCUGAACUAGCAAAAUCCUCUGAGCUACCAUCAGAUGCCCCUGUGUCAGGCAAAACCUCAGGAAAUAAAAAGAGGAAAUCCAAAGGAAAGGGGAAGAAGACCAGCUCUGAGGAGAGCAGAGUGGACGAUGGAGAGGAGGAUAUCCGGGACACAGUGCCUGCUCUUCAGAAGGGAGGGGGAAGAGAGGGAGGCAGAGGUGAGGGAGAGUCUUUGUCUAAACCAUCUGGCCCGUCUUUCUACCCGUCCUGGAAAAGAGCCAGUUCGGACUCCGAGUUUUCCGACCCAGAAGGCAGUGCACAGAGCAAAUUGAGACUUUACAACGGUCGUCUACGUCAGGGCGCUCUGCACUGCCUGCUAGCGGUAGUGAAAGGCGUGGAGAAGAGGACUCUGUACGGGUACUGGUCCUCCUUCAUGCCAGACUCUCCUAUUGGGGGGCCGCCGCCUCUCACUCUCGUAACAAUCAUACUAAAGGACCCUUCGCCCAAGGUGCGUGCGUGUGCGCUUCAGGUGUUGUCGUCCAUGCUGGACGGCUCGCGUCAGUUCCUGGCUGUGGCUGAAGAUACGGCGUCGCCUCGUAAGUCCUACACCCCUUUCUCCUUCUUGCUGGCUGCCGCCGUCAGAGAACUGCACCGCGCCCUCACUCUGGCUCUGCUGGCCGAGACCUCGCCUCAGACCCUCACGCAGGUCAUAAAGUGUCUGGCCUACCUGGUGGCGAACGCUCCCUACCACCGUCUCAGGCCUGGUCUGCUCAGCCCGCUCUGGAAGCAGAUGCGUCCGUAUGUGCGCAACAGAGAUGUAAAUGUCCGCGUGUCAGUCCUGACACUUUAUGGCGCUCUGGUGACGACUCAAGCUCCUCUCCCAGAGGUCCAGCUCCUCCUCCAACAGCCGGAGGGCAGCAGCAGCAGCAGCAGCGGCAGUGGCUCAUUCACCCAACAGGACUCUGCUCUCAGCUGGAGACGACGAGACGGAAUGUCUACGCCCCCCACGCCGGUCAAACCCUCCCUGCGCACCUCGCGCACACACUCCCCUCAGGUGGUUCGCACGCCGGAGGAGGUGGACAGCAGCGCUCCACCGUGGCUGCUGCAGCUCUGUCUGUCGCUGGUGACUCAGCCUAGAGAGGACCAAUCAGACAGUGAGGGAGCGGGAACAGGUGCCGCUUUAGAGCCUUCCCCCGUCCGACUAGAAGCUCUACAGGUCAUGUCCCACCUAGUACGUGGCUACUUCUCGCUAGCACAAGCAAGUCUGUGUGAGAUUGGGCAGGUGAGCGCACGCUGCGUUCGGGAGACGGACCCCUCCAUACAACUACACGGCACAAAGUUGCUAGAGGAGUUGGGCACAGGAAUAAUCCAGCAGUACAGAGCAGAGAACAAUGAGGCCGUGAGGGUGCCCAUGAGCCAAGUGGUGGUGUUUUGGUCGGACGUUUUGAGCGGCCCGCUGAACGGAGCGCUGCAGAGUGAGCAACAUCCCACGCUGCAGACCAGCGCCUGCGACGCGCUCUCCUCAAUCCUGCCGCAGGCCUUUGCGCAGCUGCCUGACAAGACCCAGCUGAUGUGCGUCACCGUGCUACUGGGGUUGACCUACAGUGAGAACUAUCUGGUGAAGACGGCAGCUGUCAGGGCUUUGGGAGUAUACAUACUGUUCCCCUGUCUCAGAGAGGAUGUGAUGUUCGUGGCCGAUACGGCAAACACUAUCCUCGCUGCCCUUGAUGAUCGGUCUCCAAACGUUCGUGCCAAAGCUGCCUGGUCGCUAGGCAACCUGACAGACACACUUAUCGCUAAUAUGGAGACUGUUGGUGUGGAUUUCCAAGAAGAGUUAUCAGACAUGCUGCUUCUCAAGAUGCUGCAGGCAGCCACCCGAGCAUCAGCCGACAAAGACCGGGUAAAGUCUAAUGCAGUGCGAGCAAUCGGGAAUCUGCUUCAUUUCCUGCGUCAAAGUCAGCUGACCCGGUCUGCGUUCCAACGCCCGCUGGAGGAUGCAGUUCUUGCACUGGUUAAAACCGUGCAAUCAGAGGCCACUAUGAAGGUCCGAUGGAAUGCCUGUUACGCCUUGGGGAAUGCCUUCAGAAACCCGGCCCUGCCACUCGACUCCGCCCCGUGGUCCUGUGAUGCGUUCUCCUCCCUCUGCCACGUCGUUAGUUCCUGUAAGAACUUCAAGGUGCGAAUCAAGUCAGCCGCGGCCUUGGCAAUCCCUGCCAACCGCGGCUGCUACGGGGACCCGGAGCGCUUCAUCUGCGUGUGGCGUUCCCUCGCUAAAGCGCUUGAGAAUAGCGAAGACACAAACGACUUCUUCGAGUACCGCUACAGUGCCAGCCUGCGGCACACGCUCUCCCACGCUCUCCUGCACCUGCUCAGUGUCAGCCAGUCCCAGGACAUGCCCUCCCUCGGGGCAUCGCUGGCCGGGGAGGAGGGGAGGGGCAUCAAAGAGCAUUUGAUCCGAUAUCUCAGAGCGGAGGAAGGAGGAGGAGAGGGGGCCGAGGGAGAGAAGGAGACAGGGGGGGACAGUUUUACGCCUCAACAGAGAGUAGGAGGUCUGCAGCGGACCCUAAACAGACUUAAGGAGUUAGAGGCCGAAGGAGAGGGGGGAGGAGACGAGGCGACAAGUAAAGAGAUGGUGGUUCAUUUCCUGGAGGAUUUGUUAAAGACCUGUGAAGAGCUGUGAAGGAUAAUAACCAGCUACGGGUUUAAGAACGCUAUCUGAAAUCACUGAGACGGCUUCCUCAGUUGGACAUGAGAAACAUCCAACCGCCGACUAACUGGUGACGGAAUGGAAAUUAUGCACAGCGAUGUCAUGAUGACAUUCUUUUAUGUACAGUUCCAGUCUCAAGUUGGGACACACAGUUCUCCAUUCAAUGUUUUUUUUUUUUUUCUUUUUUCUACAUUGUAAAAUAAUAUCAAAACUUUGAAGGAACACAUGGAAUUAUGUGGUAAACAAAAAAAUGGUUUUAUAUUUUAGAUUCUUAAAAGAAGCCCCCUUUUGCUUUGACAGUUUUGCAAACUCUUGGCAUUUGAUCAGCUAGUCACCUUUCAAUUAACAGGUGUGUCAAGAGUUAAUUUGUGGAAUUUCAUCCCUUUAAUGUGUUUUAGACAAUCAGUUUUGUGCAGAGACAGGGUUGGUGGUUAUAUACAGUUAAUAGGGCUAUUCGGGGAAAACCCAUUGAAUUAUAAGGUGUGUUCAAACUUUGGACUGUUACCGCACAUUAAAAGCUAUUUACAAGUUUUAAA